UUCCCCUCCAGGCCCUCUUCCCCAGCUGCAAACUGGGAUCGCACAGACUAGCUCCGCUCCAACAGAGACCUUCCUUAUUUCACUUCUUCUCACACGGUUACUUUUCCUCCCGAUGUCCGGCUACUAUCACUCCCAGCAAUACGGCUACGAAGCCGACCCAAAUGCGCAAUACUAUGGGCACCCGCAGGAGUACGAGGUAGACCCGUCCGCCUACGCCGCCUAUGCACCGCCAAUAGUUGGGAGCUCAACAGUGAAGUCGGCAGGUCCGGUUUCCUACUCGGCACAACCUGUUCAAUAUGCCGCGCAGGCGGCCCCCACCUCGUAUACCGGCGCCGGCGCUCAAUACUAUGCCCCACCUACACCAUACUACUUUAACAACCACGGCAGCGCAUCCUCGUCCUCGGCAGUUCCGUAUCCGUCUGGCUACCCAGAAGGUGACUCCGGAGCCGUUCCAUAUCCGACAGGUUACACAGUAGAGAGCGAAAGUGGGGCGGUCCCUUACCCAGAAGGCUACACACCGAGCGCUGCCUCUGCUACAGUUGUUCGCGCCACCGCCAAUACGGACGAUAACCGCAGGGCGGCAGCUCUGGCUGCGUUGCCAGCGAUGCCGGCGCAAGGAACAAGUAGUGGGACUGCAGGCGCGGCUGCUGCUGCUGCCGCUGCGACUACAGGAGCAAGGGACGGGAAGACUGGGAAGAAGAGAAAGACGAUUCUGAGGGCGGCGGGAGGAGAAGCAUGGGAGGACCAGACAUUACUGGAGUGGGACGCAAAUGACUUCCGACUGUUUUGCGGAGAUCUAGGCAACGAAGUGACCGACGACCUUCUGCUGAAGGCGUUUGCUAAAUACCCUUCGGUGCUUCGUGCUCGUGUCGUUCGCGAUUACAAGUCAAAUAAAAGCAAAGGCUAUGGAUUUGUCAGUUUCAAGGACCCGAACGAUUUCGUCAAAGCAAUGAAAGAAAUGAAUGGGAAAUACGUAGGAAACAGACCCAUCAAACUGCGCAAAUCGACAUGGUCAGAGAGAAAUAUAGACAUCAAGACGUUGAAGAAGGUUCAGCAAACGGCGAUCUUCAAGCCAGUUCUGAAAAUGGCCCCAAAGCAUCCAAGGCAACAUGCGCCGCACACGGAGCACCCUUCCGGACAUGGACACUAGCCCAUGUGAAGCAAGUCGGUUCUUGAUUCCCAAGCCGCUUUGGAGCAGACCAGCCUAACUCCCAGUACGGUCUCCUCAGGGUGUAUAUAAAUACCAACGACUGGCUCUUCUGAAACUAUAAAUAUAAGAUAAUAAGCAUUGUGCGAGCUCGAUGCCCUUCGCGAGCAGAUUCGAAUUUUCUGUCUGG